AUACUUGUAUUAUUGACUUAUUGUGUUCUGAUUCUUCUGAAUUCUUGGAGUGAAAACACUGUGCCUAAAAAUGGCAAGAGCAGCAGUCUCAGCAUCCCUAAAACUCUUCUCCCUCAAAUCAUCUUCUCAAUCUCUCUCCUCCAUUCACACUUCCCUCUCCUUCACCACUUUCCAUGCUCCUUCUUCCUCCAACAAGAUGAAGCAGGAAAGGAGGAGAGAGAUUGAGAACAAGAAGAAGACGGCAACUUCUUCGCCGUCUUCUUCCGCCAUUGUUGUAGCUUCAAGCUCUUCGAAAGCGAAGUCGAAGGCGGCUUUGGCAGUCGUGAAGAGGAGGACGAGGUCUGAGAAGGAAUUCGAUGAGGAGUAUAUUAAGAAAUAUGGGGAUGAAGAUAGUCAUAUUCCUGUUAUGCUUGGUGAAGUUAUGGAUGUGUUUGAUUCUUCUUCGUCUUCGUUUCGCCUUCGUUCUUUCGUCGAUUGUACCCUCGGCGCUGCUGGUCAUUCUUGCGCUAUAAUUCAAGCUCAUCCUGAACUGCAAACAUAUAUUGGAUUAGAUGUUGAUCCUGUGGCCCAUGAGAAGGCUCAAUCUCGAAUCAAUAAAAUGCUGAACAGCACGCCUGCUUGUUCAAAUACCAAUCUGAAAGCUCAUAUGCUUUUGAGGAACUUCAAAGAAAUCAAACAAGCAAUUGGCCAGAUUGAUGAAAAGCUUUUACUCUCUGGAGUUGAUGGGAUUUUGAUGGACUUAGGGAUGUCUUCCAUGCAGGUUGAUGAUCCUAGAAGAGGAUUUAGCAUGCUUAACAAUGGGCCACUUGACAUGCGAAUGGAUCCUAAGGGUAGUUUAAAAGCAGAGGAUAUACUCAAUUCUUGGCCACCAACUGAAGUUGGGAAAAUCCUUCAGGAGUAUGGAGAAGAAAGUAACUGGUAUUCUCUCCAGAACAAGAUUGUCAAGGCUCGUCUAGGUGGCGGAUUUCAUACAACUGGUGAUUUGGUGGAUCUUAUUCGCGGUUCUACAUCUAGGGUGAAAGGAGGUAGGCAGGGUUGGAUAAAGACUGCUGCACGGGUUUUCCAAGCGCUAAGGAUAGCAGUUAAUGAUGAACUCAAAACCUUGGAAAAUUCUCUUUACUCUUGCUUUGAUUGCCUUAGUCCUGGUGGCAGGUUCGCAGUCAUAUCUUUCCACAGUUUGGAAGACAGGAUUGUAAAACAGACUUUCCUCAACAUCAUCAAUAACAUUCCGAGAAAAGAUGACACAGUUAUAGAAGAGGGGGGAUUUGAAGCUAAACCAAAAGAGUUUAACUAUUACCCUGGCGAAAAGGAAGUUUGGAUUAAACAAGUAGUUAAAGGCUCGUCUGGGGUAAUCCUCACUAAGAGACCUAUAACAGCAUCCCCUGAGGAAGAGAAAUUAAACUCGAGGUGUAGGAGUGCAAAGCUCCGAGUGAUUCAGAAGAUGUAGGAGCAAGUUAGGAUAUUAGUCACAACUUUAGUCUAUGGAGGGAGAAACUUUGCUUCAAUUUUAUGAACAGUGCUAAGGCCUUAAGGGACAGCACAGCUUUUCAUUUUAAAGACUGAUUUUUUGCAAGUCCACAUUUCUUAUUCAAUUUGGAAUUGCGAUUAAAUGUUAAUCUAUCUUCAGUUAAUAUAUAACAGAAAUUACUUCA